AUGAAGUCCCUCACCAAAGCCCCCGGCCUCCUGAGCCGGCAUGGCCUCACCUCCCUAACCACUAGAGCCUCAACUUUCCAACAACGCCUAUACUCCUCAGCCCCAUUAGCACCUGAGGCGACAACACAAACGGCUGCCAAAAAGCCGCAAAGACAAGUAAUCUUCUCCGGCAUCCAACCCACCGGCGUACCACACCUAGGCAACUACCUCGGCGCCCUCCAGCAAUGGAAGCGCAUGCAAGACAACGCAGAUCCGGAGACCACGGAUCUCAUCUUCUCCGUCGUCGACCUGCACGCCAUCACGGUGCCGCAGCAGCGCGGCAACCUCAGGAAGUGGAAGAGGGAGAUGCUGGCGACGCUACUGGCUAUCGGCUUGGAUCCUAAGCGCUGCACCAUCUUCUACCAGAGCAUGGUGCCGGGACACUCGGAGCUGCAGUGGAUUUUGAGUUGCACGGCUAGUACGGGGUAUUUGAGUCGGAUGACGCAGUGGAAGAGUAAACUGCAACUAGCAGAUGACGCCAACAUGCUAGACGACAAGGCCAAAUUGUCUCUCAAGCACGGCUUGUUCUCCUACCCCAUCCUCCAAGCGGCGGAUAUUCUCGUUCACAGGGCGACGCAUGUCCCCGUCGGCGAGGACCAGAGGCAGCAUCUUGAGUUUGCUAGGGAGUGCGUGACCAACUUCAAUCAUGCGUAUAAGGGCAAGGUGUUGGUUGCUCCUGAGACGAUUCUUUCCCCUACAAAACGCGUAAUGUCCCUCCAGAUGCCCACCAAGAAAAUGUCCAAAUCCGACCCCGACCCUACUUCCCGCAUCCUCCUCACCGACACCCCUUCCGAGAUCCACUCCAAGAUCCUAAAAGCGCGCACCGACUCGUUGACCCCCUCUCUGGGAAUCACCUUCGACCCUGUCCAACGUCCCGGCGUGUCCAACCUGCUUCAGCUUCUCAGCCAUUUCGACUCCCAAAAUCGUUCGGCGCAGGAGAUCGCGGCGCAGAUCAAUGCCGAGGUUGGGAAUCAGUUGGGAGGGGAGGGCGAGGAGAAUCCGUUGAGGAAGUUGAAGGAACGGGUGAGCGAGGUGGUGCAGAGGGAACUAAAUCCCAUUAGGGAGAGGUAUUUGGAGUUGUUGCAGGGGGAUGAGGGUAAGGAAGGGGGAUAUUUGGACGAGGUUAUUAAGGAGGGAGCGAGGAAGGCGAAUGAGAGCGCAGAGAGGACAAUGAGUAGGGUUAGGAGGGCUGUGGAGUUGGGCGCUUGA